CCGGCGCAAACCAACACUACUCAAAAGAAAAAUGAUUACUCCCCCUGCCCACCCGGAGCGCCCACGAUUGUAUAAUUUAAUAGAUAUGAUUUAUUAUAAAUAUAUUAAAUAAUUUGAUUUAGCUAUUCAACAUUUAAAAGAAUUACAAUUUGAUGAAAAAAACAUAAAUAGUUUAUCAGUUGUGUCAACAAUUGGUGAAUAUUAUUAUCAAAUUAAACAAUACGAACAAGCAAUUGAAUAUUAUAUAAUAUCAUUAAAAAUAAUAAUUUAG